AUGUUCAACCUCCCCGCGGAGACCGGUGACAUGGGUGUUCUGGCCAACCACGUUGCCUCCAUCGAGCAGCUGAAGCCCGGCCUAGUCGAGAUCAUCGAGGAGCAGGGUGGCAGCAAGCAAUUCUUCCUGUCUGGUGGAUUUGCCGUUGUGCAGCCCAACUCCGUCCUCAGCAUCAACGCCGUCGAGGGCUACCCAUUGGAGGACUUCAGCGCCGAGGUACGAGCGGAUGCACGGAGAUGGGGAAUAACGACUGACAAGGAGAUAGGCUGUCAGGAACCAGAUCGGCGAGGCACAGAAGAUUGCCAGCGGAAACGGCAGUGA